CCACACACACACCCACUGUCAUCACGUCAGCGGAGUCACCGAGUUUCUCAAUCUCGGCUGUCACUUUCUCGAAUGUAUAGAGGACGUGGACUAAAAUUAAGAAUUUAUUUGCUUGCUGCGUUUGUUAUUAGUUUACAAGUUUCACUCUGAAUUAGCCUGACAAAUAAGCAUACUGUGUCAACAACCACACAGGUUGUCACUUAUGUUAUGCUUUAGUUAGCUUUUAAGCUGUAGCCUAGCAAGAAAGCUAGUUAACGCGCGCUAAGAUCUUGUGUGAAAACUAAAAUGUUUGCCAAUGAUUUCUGAGCUUGAGGGACCACACUGAAACAGGCUUUGAACUAAAAGGCAAAGCCUCCUUUUCAUUAGAAGUUUCUUGUUAUUUUGCUUUCCAGCAACUGCUUUAGACAAGUUCCUAUGCUAGCUAUCCCAGAUAGCUAGUUCGCUCUGAAGAAAUGGGAUUACACCCUUUGGAAUUCAGUGAGUGCUACCUGGACAGUCACAUCUUCAGAGAGAAAAUUAAGUCGCACGAGGCAGAGUUGGAUAAAACCAACAAAUUUAUAAAAGACCUCUACAAAGAUGGAAAAAAUCUUAUCAACGCAACAAAGCAGCUUGGGAUGGCUCAGAGGAAGUUUGCCAACUGCCUGGGAGAAUUUCAGUUUGAGUACAUCGGAGACGCCAAGACUGACGAUGAGAAGUGCAUCGAUGAAUCCUUGUUGGAGUUUUCCUCCUUUCUUAAGAACCUGGAGGACCAAAGAGAGCUUAUGAUGAAGAACAUCACGGAAACGCUGAUGAAACCUCUAGAGAAGUUCAGGAAGGAGCAGCUGGGCGCAGCCAAGAUGGAGAGAAAGAGAUAUGAGAAGGAAACGGAGAAGUACUACAGCUCACUGGAGAAGCUUCUGAACAUGUCAGCCAAGAAGAAGGAGCCGCAAUUACAGGAGGCAGACAACCAGGUGGAGACGAUGAGACGGCACUUCCAGGAUGAGUCUCUGGAAUACGUGUGCAAACUGCAGGAGAUCCAGGAGAGGAAAAAGUUUGAGUGUGUUGAACCUAUGGUGGCCUUCUUCCAGACUGUGUUCACCUUCUACCACCAAGGCUUUGAGCUGGCCAAGGACUUUGACCACUACAAGAAAGCCCUGCAGAUAAACAUCCAGAAUACGCGGAGUCGUUUCGAGGGCACCCGGUCGGAGGUGUUUGAGCUGAUGAAGCGGAUCAGAGAAGCGCCCCAGGAGUACCGUCAGACCAGCCCAAUCAGCAGCGAAGGCUACCUCUACGUCCAGGAGAAACGUCCACCUCCUUUUGGUUCCAGCUGGGUGAAGCGGUACUGCACGUUCGUCAAGGAGCAGAAGAUCCUCCACAUGGUGACCUACGACCACCGCUCCGGAGGAAAGAUUGGCGAGACGGAAUCGGUCACCCUCAAGUCUUGCGUCCGCAAAACCACAGACACGCUGGACCGUCGGUUCUGUCUAGACAUAGAGAUAACAGACCGACCGGGGAUGGUCCUCACGGUCCAGGCGCUGUCCGAGGACGACCACAAGUUCUGGAUGCAGGCCAUGGGCGGGAAGGAGCCAAUUGGUCAUUACCUAGGGAGGACGUACUCCAAAGAAAGAGGAAUCGAUGCCCAGCUAGAUGACAUUGGCCUAUCGUUCGUGAAGAACUCCAUCAAAGCUAUUGAGACGAGAGGUAUCAACGACCAGGGUCUGUACAGGGUUGUAGGGGUGAGCUCCAAGGUCCAGAAGCUUCUCAGCCUCAUGAUUGACGAGAAAAGCAAUGAGAUUGAUCUGUCGACGAGCGAGGAUUGGGACGUCAAAACAAUCACUAGUUCACUGAAGCUGUAUCUGAGGAGCCUUUCCGAGCCUUUGAUGACCUAUGGACUGUACAAAGAGUUUAUAAACCCUGCAAAGGGCGGAAGUCCCGAGUGCCGUGUCCAAGCCAUCCACUAUCUGGUCCACAAGCUGCCGGAGAGGAACCGGCUGGUCCUAGGCCUGCUCAUGAAGCAUCUGGCUACCGUGGCGAGUCACAGCAAGCAGAACCUCAUGACGGUGGCUAACCUGGGUGUGGUGUUUGGCCCCACCCUCAUGAGGCCCCAGGAGGAGACAGUGGCGGCCAUCAUGGACCUCAAGUUCCAGAACAUCGUCGUGGAGAUCCUGAUGGAGCAGAACGAGAAGAUCUUCGGGGAUGUACCGGAUGUGUCCCAGUCCCCAUGCACCUCAGCCUUCUCUGCCCCCACCAGGCAGUCCAAGAAGCUGGGUCGCCAGAACAGACCCCUGGCUGUCUACAACCCUCAGUCCCUGGACAUCCAGACCGUGUCGCAGAGCGGUGGCUGUCCCAACUCGGCUCCAGACGAGGUGUCCAUGGGCAGCAACGAGUCGGUGUCUUCCCAGUCGUCCGCGGCGUCGGCCUCGGAGACGCCGCCGGAGAAGGCCGACCACACCCCCCUGAGCACCACCCUCAGCUCCAGCAGCAGCCAAGGGGCGGCCGCCUCCUGGAUGAACUCGGGUCUCCCCUGCGACGGCAACGCCUCCCCCACAGCAGCUGACAGGGACAAACCGGAGGACAGUGUCACCAACAGCAGGAAAGCCAAGGCGGUGUACCCGUGCGAGGCCGAGCAUGACUCGGAGCUCUCCUUCCAGGUCGGCGCAAUAUUCAACUCCGUCACGCUUUCCAGGGAGCCUGGGUGGCUAGAGGGGGAGCUGGAGGGCAAGAAGGGCCUGAUCCCCGAAAACUAUGUGGAAUGGCUGUAGCGUCAACCGGGGGACCACAUCGCUUUGCCCACCCCCCCAAAAAAAAGAACGCAUAAAAACAACGGACCACAUAUUCAUGGUAUCCAUGAACUUGGUUUUGACACACUCCCGUUAUAAAACCAAUAUUCUCUCCAGCCUUUGACUCCAUGCAACUGCCAGAGACUUUGUUUUUUCAGUAUUGCUGCAGAAAACCUGGCGUAAGAGUUAUACUUGGAUUAAUUAAAAAAAGUUUAUUUGUAUGGACAUACAAAUAUAUAUAUAUUUAGGUGCCUUAAACACCAAGACUGAAUUGCAAUGUGUAUACUCUACGGGUAAGUUUCAAAAUGAUAAGCUGUGUCAUUGUAUUCUGUUCUCAAGGGGGCUGCAUGUACUGUAAUUUUAAGAAUGUUCGUCUACUCCUCACAAACAGUGAUUUAUCCAUAUUAUUUUGUUGGCACAUUGAUUGCAUGUGAUUUAGUAUAACGGAAACAAUCUUUUAUUUGUCUUUAGUUGUUUUUAAGAAAAGGUUUUUAACAUUAUCCCGUUAAAAUCAAAAAGAAUGUUGAAACAUUAUUUUAAUCCAACUCUCCUACAAACAGUUGCAACUCAACCAUGCUGUAAACAAGGCACAUAUAUUUCAAUGGCUGUACUCCAGGUAUUUGGCAGAUUGGAAUGUGUAUGUGAAUGUUUAAACCUGAAAUCAGAAACGGGUGUUAUCAAGACCCGUGUUUGACGACGUUCAAGGAUUUCUGAACAGAAAACAAUUGUGGAUUGUUUAAAGUGAACAAACCAAUUUCGCGAUGAGAAAUAAUCAUAUUACCAUCACAACCAAAAUGCAGUAUUUCAAUGCUUAUGUCUGCGCUGUGUAUAUAGUUAUUAUUUUUCACUGGGACAUAAAUGUUGAGUCUAUUAUAAAAGUUAUCUAUUAGUGGUCAAUGGUUUUCAAACUUUUUUUUUUCUUUUUUCAUUUGGGAUUUUCAGAUUGAAAGUACACACAUACCAACACAUACGCAUUUAUUUGACUUCUGUUCACCAAGAGAUGGUUUCAUUUUUCUAAGAGCUUUUGUUAUGUGGUUUGUUGUUUUGUUUUGGAUGGCAAUUGCAGUAAUUUAAGACAUUGAUUUAUGACAUUUGAAAAAGCCCCUGGCAUACUUUCCUUUUUGUAACAUUGAAUAUCCUCUUGAUCAACGUUAAAUAAAUAAAGAUGUUUUUAUUCAUGCCC